AUGGGUCGGUCAGACCGCGCCGACGAUGAGAAUAACCGUCCAGGGUCGCCGGAGCCAGCCUUACUCGACCGCAUGGCACAUCAUCCAGGGUUACAGGAGCCAAGUUCACUCGACCGCAUGGCAGAUCAACCAGGAUCACCGCGAAGCCUUCUAGGUGGCGUCUCCAAUCAUCCAGACUCGCCGGACCAAGCUUUACUAAGCCGCAUGUCCGAAGACUGCCAGCGUCGCAUCUCUGCUGCCCAUGAGCGUUCAGUAAGUGGAACAUCCCAGUCCUCGAACAUCUCUGCGCUAUCGAAUGUUUCGGAUUUUUUGGAAGCGAGAGUGAAUCAUCUAUCAUCGGAAGCGGAUUAUUACCGCAUGUAUCACGGUGGUUUGGUUGAGCUGAAGUGCCAGAGGAAUUUGAAUAAGAAAGUGAAUAAGAAAGUGAAUGAGAAAGUGAAUGAGAAAGUGAAUGAAAAAGUGAAUGAAAAGGUGAAUGAAAAGGUGAAUGAGAACGUGGAUGAGAACGUGGAUGAGAACGUGGAUGAGAACGUGAGUGAGAAUGAUGAAAAGUCUGAUGCGGUCAUUACAGGUGUGCUCGAACACUUGACUAUGGUUCUGAGGGAGCUGAGAUUCAUUGAACGGUUUGCUGUCACCGUAGAGCGGGACAUCGAUGAUGAGCUGGAAGACCUCCCCAAUCCCGAUGAGGAAGCCAAGCUGAAGUUCAUGGAGAAUGCAUACACGAAGACUUUGAUGGGUCGCAUUCAAGCGCUCUCGGGCAAUCAGGAAAAGACUGCGUUUUCCAAACAUGACCAGCAAAGAUUCCGAGCAGACGUUGUUGAGCGAUACGGGGGGUUUUACACUGCUAGAGGUAAGAAGGAACUUUGGUGCCAUGUCACCUGCCGUGCAUGGGGUGCAGAAUCUGUAAGGGCUGCCCACAUCGUGCCAAAAGGUCUGGGAGGUGACGAAAUUGCGUUCUUGUUUGGAGAAGCCGAGUUUGUCAGAAAAGAUCCCCGAAAUGGUUUGACCCUUCACAAAUGCGUGGAGCAACAAAUGGACCUAGGAAAUAUUGCAAUUCUCCCAGCCCAAUUUCCAGUGGGCGUCGAGAGCUCACAGUGGAAGUGCUUUGUUGUUGUGGACGAGAUGCUUGACAAUAUUGCAACGUACUACGGCGAGGAAUGCAUUCGUUGGCGGGAUCUCCAUGAAAAGCCCCUUAUGUUCCUCACAGCCUCUCGCCCUGCUCGACGAUACCUUUACUUGCGGUUCCUUGCAACGUACAUGUGGGCCAAAAAACGGGGAUACACACGUUUUACCGAUGCGGUGGAGGUACACAAAGACUUUUGGGCUUCGCCAGGCCCGUACCUGGAAAAGUCGACAUUGCUGGCGGUUGCGCGAACGGCAGGACUUGAGCUCCCAGAGUCCAUUAUGAACGGUACAACAUUCGAGCACCGUCCAUGUGAUAACGACAUGAAAUCUCUGGUGCCAGGAGCGACAAUGCAACUAUGCCAGACUUUUAAAGCGACCCAACAGGCAGACGCAUCGUCUUGGGGCAGUAGCAGCAAUGAGGGACUCACCGAAGAUGGUGACUCUAGUGACGAGGGAUGA